CAGACGGACAAGUCGUGUGCCGUUUUCGCCAGCGUGCAAAGGUCGCUUACGAGCGCAGAAUCGUUUUGAUCGUCGCUAGGAGGGCGGCGGGAUACAGCAGCACAUCACACGGUAUUUCAGCGAGAACGAACCACGACGAAUCUGUGCAGUGUGUUUAACGGUCGUGUGCUGGCUGCCGAAUAUUAACCAUAUUAAUUUCCAUCGCGAGUUCUCGCCAACUCGAGUGACGCUAGUCAAAAACCGCAAAAUUCAUUUCUCUGUAAAAAUAUAUCUAUUUUUUCAUCUCGCCGGCUGAAACGAUGAAAAAAAUCACAUCUCGAUGAAAGUGCCGUCAGUGAUGUCAUAUUGACAAACGAUAGCAUUAACUAUAGCCGUAGCGAGUUGAUAUUUCGUUUCGUUUUUUCAAUCUUGUGAUAAGCAAUCUAUAAUGGAUUGAACGUUGAUAAACACGGCAAAAUGCUGUGUACAACCACUUGGGGUAGUGUUCGUAACAUUGGCGUCAUAUGUCUUUGGAUGACCAUGAUGACCAUCUGUCAAGGAAAAUUGACUGUGUUCACACAAAAACCAUCUCGCAGACUUACAACACAAGAACCCUCAUCGUUGACCGAGCGGUUACAGGUCACGACUGUGAACAGCACAGAUCUGCUCUAUCCUUUUUUUGAUUACUAUGUGCCGAGAAAUAUUACCACUACAAUUGGACAAAGUGCUUUUUUGCACUGUCGAACAGAAAAUUUAAACGACAAGUCGGUAUCAUGGAUGCGAAAGCGAGACUUGCAUAUACUGACAGCAGGAGUACUAACUUACACCAGUGACCAGAGAUUCCAAGUUAUUCAUCCGGAUAACUCGGACAAUUGGACCCUACUGAUUAAAUUUGCUCAACCGAGAGACGCCGGAAUCUAUGAAUGCCAAGUGAAUACCGAACCUAAAAUGAGUUUGGCAUUUCAACUUAACGUCGUCGAAAUGAGAGCUCGAAUAUGCGGACCUCAAGAACUUUACGUAAAUGAAGAAAGUGAAGUAACUAUGCGGUGCGAGCUAAGUCAAGGUCCACACGAUCUUGGCACGAUAUUCUGGUACUUAGGGAAUACACCAGUUUAUACGGACCAGGUCAGUCUACAGUCGAUUCGACAACCACGGGUUAGUGUACAUACCGAAUGGGCAGACGGACUGAAAAGUACGCUUCACAUAGCUCGUGCGAAACUCAGUGACUCAGGGAACUAUACCUGCGUGCCUACAUUUGGACAAUCAGCUACUAUUAAUGUGCACGUUGUAAAUGGAGAACAUCCGGCAGCAAUGCAACACGGUAAUCGAAGUGCAGUUAGUGGGCAAAUGACAGUGCACGUGCUCGUCCUCUUAAGUCUACUUAUCAUGUUAUCCAAUCCAGGGCUAUUUGGUCACUGAAAUACAUUCAAACUUGGAAAUACAGAGUUGUUAUGCACAACAGGAUAUUCGCCGUUCCAGUGUAUUACCAACAAAUCAUGUACAUAAUAUUAUCCUAAGUAUUUUAUAAAUAAUCGUUGUACGUACGCCUGUACAAUAAUUAACAAUUAGUUAACAUUACUUACUUUUGUUUUGUUUCUUCAUUGUUAUUGUUAUUUUUUCUUCUGAGGAUAUGGUACGAUUCGUCGAGUACGUAUUAUUCGAGUUGAAAUAUAUUAGUUUUGUUUUUCAGAUAAUUAAAAUGUUAAGUUUAUAGAUAAAAUAAUGUAUUAAUUCUGUUGAUUUAUUAUUUUUAUUAUAGCAGGUCAGUUAAAAUUGAAA